AGUGCCUCUCGCGUUCUGCAACCACGCGUGUCAAAAUGGCGAAAAAGAAAGUGGAGGAUAAAAACAGCGAAAACAGUGAUAAUACAAAAAACGAUGGUGAAUUAUCGUCCACCGAGGAAGACCCCAACUUCAGCGAUCCUGAGGACUUCGAAGACGACAUCUCCAACGAAGAACUUCUGGAAGAUCUCCUGAGAAAUAAACCAGAGGAAACUGAUGGAGUUGAGAGCGUUAUUGUUGUUGAUGGUGUGCCAGUUGUUGGUCCUGACCGUAUUGAGAAACUAAAGUCUGUCAUCAACAAAUUGUUCACCAAGUUUGGCAACAUUGUGAAUGAAUACUAUCCAGUUAACGAGAAAGGUUCCACCAAGGGUUACAUUUUCUUGGAAUAUUCUUCGCCAUUACAUGCAGCAGAAGCAGUUAAGUUGACUAACAACCAUAAGUUGGACAAACAACAUACCUUCCUUGUCAAUAUUUUCACUGACUUCAACAAGUAUGAGAAGAUCCCUGAAAAGUGGGAGCCUCCAACUCCUGAGCAGUACAAGGGCCAGGGUGAUUUGCAUUAUUAUCUAUUGGAACCUGAUGCGUACGAUCAAUUCUGUGUUGUCAAUGGGCCUGGUCAAUCAGUGCAAAUUUGGCAAAACACCCAGCCUGAACCUACCUGUGUGGAAGACAGACAGAUGUGGACCCAGACAUACAUUAAGUGGUCACCUUUGGGAACAUAUUUGUCCACUUUCCACAAGCAAGGUAUUGCCUUGUGGGCUGGUCCCAACUUCACCCAAUACAAGAAAUUCUCACAUAACUUGGUUCAAUUCAUUGAUUACUCACCAUGUGAAAAGUAUUUGGUUACUUACUCUCCUCAGAUUGAUACAGACAACCCAGAUCAGAAGAGGAUUAUCAUUUGGGACAUAAGGACUGGUUUAGAGAAACGAUCUUUCGAUCCUGAAGGACCAUCAGCAUGGCCCAUUUUCAGGUGGUCUCACGAUGAUAAAUACUUCGCCCGCAUGGGUAACGAGAUUUUGUCAGUGUACGAGACCCCCUCGUUCUUCUUAAUGGACAAAAAGUCUCUCAAGAUUCCUGGAAUUAGAGACUUCAGUUGGUCGCCGACAGAUAACAUCAUUGCCUAUUGGGUUGCCGAGGAUAAGGAUGUACCUGCUAGGGUUAUUCUCUUGGAAAUACCGAAUAAGCAAGAAAUCAGGAGUAAGAAUUUGUUCAGCGUGGCCGAUUGCAAAAUCCAUUGGCAAAAGUCUGGAGACUAUCUUUGUGUUAAGGUAGAUCGUUACGCGAAGGUGCGCAAAGAGAAGAACGAAUUCAAGUAUUCCGGAAUGUAUUAUAACUUCGAGAUCUUCCAUAUGCGUGAGAAACAAAUCCCUGUAGACAGUGUUGACUGCAAAGAACCGAUCCAAGCUUUCGCUUGGGAACCGGUCGGCACCAAAUUCUCUUUCAUCCACGGAGAUUCUCCGAACAUUAACGUUAGUUUCUACGGCAUCCGUAUUGGUCAAGCGCCGAUUCUGCUGAAGAAGUUCGAGAAGAGAUCAUGCAACCAUCUGUUCUGGUGCCCAACCGGACAAUACAUCGUUUUGGCCGGUGUCGGUUCGAACGGAGGAUCUUUGGAGUUCGUGGACACCAAGGAAUUCUUGGUGAUGAACUCGACAGACCAUUUCCAAAUGUCCGACGUCGAGUGGGAUCCCACCGGUCGUUACGUAGUGACCGGAGUGUCCGUCUGGAAGACCAAGGUCGAUACCGGUUAUUGGAUCUGGUCCUUCCAAGGAAAGAUCCUGAAGCGUAUCAACCAAGAAAAGUUCGCACAGUUGCUGUGGAGGCCUAGGCCGAACACGCUACUGACCGAUCAAAUGCAGAAGGACAUCAAGAAGAACUUGAAGAAGUACUACGCCCAAUUCGAGAGCAAGGAUCGCAUGAGGCAGACUCGUGCUUCCAAGGAGUUGAUCGAGAAGAGGGCUGCACUGAUGGAACGUUUCAACGAGUACAGGAAGAGCAAGAACGACGAAUACAUUGAGAAUAAGCCUAAACGUCUAGCACUUAGGAAUAAUGUUGAUACUGACGAGUUGGAUGGAGAUACGGAGAAUGUAGAGGAGGAAAUAGUUGAAUUCUUUAUUAAGGAGGAAACCAUUCUGAUCGACUAGCGACACAAUUUGCCGGUGAAUUAUCUUCCUGUGUUUCGGUUGCAGGACACAGGAGGAAACAGUGUGUGUCUCGGACAGGUGGUGCAUUUUUUCUUUAAUAAAGCGUACUUCUACCAGAACA